AUGUUAUUGUGGUGUUAUUCGAGUUAUUUUGCAGAGUUAUUGAAGCGAAACGAUGAUACCGGUGGUAUUGAGGAAAAAAUUGCGUACGUAAGAAGUACGCAGAGCUGCCGCGAGAUCGAAAAACUUUCAGCCUGCAACACAGAAGUACGCCUUGGUGUCGACAACUCCAGAGAGCUUAGAUUCAUUGCUGGAGAUGAAAUGAUCUCCGCAUGCACUCUGCGUUGGCACUGCUUACUUCUAGAGAGAUGGAAAGGCAGGCAGCUGCGAGCCUCCGUUAUCUCCAUUUCUCGGAGGAUAGGCGCUGUUUCAUGGCGAAUUGGUUGUUCCGUGAACGGCAAUUCAACUCACCAUGAUUUCGAUCCUUCCAAGGAGCUGCUAGGGCUUGAAGCAGGUUCAAGAUCGAGGACUGUUACACUAUCUGAUGGAAAGGAGAGAUCAUGGUUUGGUCCAAAUGGUCAGUACAUCAGAGAGUUACCCUGCCCAAGUUGUCGGGGAAGGGGUUAUACACUGUGCCCCGAAUGUGGAAUUGAUAGAUCAAGACCUGAUUGUUUUCAGUGUAACGGAAAGGGGAUUAAGACAUGCUGGCAAUGCUUGGGAGAGUGUGUGAUAUGGGAAGAGUCUUAUGACGAGCGGCCAUGGGAGAAAGCUCGAUCUAGCUCACUCUUCAAAGUGAAAGAAGAUGAUGAUGUUGACAAUCUAGAGGUAAAGGUGGAUGUUACAAGAAAAUCUAAGAGAAUAUAUCGAACACCGACUCCUGAAGUUAGUAUGAAGAUCAGCAGAUCAUUGAGAAGUCUGAAUGCUAAAACUGGGCUAUUCAGCAAGAGGAUGAAGAUAAUACACCAAGACCCAGUGCUGCAUGCUCAGAGAGUAGCUGCAAUUAAGAAAACAAAAGGGACUCCUGAUGCAAGGAAGCGGGCUUCCGAAAUCUCCAAAGCUUACUUCAGUGAUCCUGGAAACCGUCUUAAGAGAAGCUUGGCAAUGAAAGGUGUCAAGUUCUACUGCAGCCACUGUGGGGAGGAAGGCCAUAGAAGACACUACUGCCAAGCACUAAGAGAAACUUCAACCAAGAUGAGUUUCCGGUGCUCAUCCUGCGGGGAGAGGGGACAUAACCGCCGCACAUGCGAAAGAUCAACGACAACGGAAAUGACAAGAAGUCGCCGGCGCUGGCCGCGACGCUGCAAAUUGUGUGGACGAAGUGGUCAUCAUCGAUCGACAUGUUCUCAACUCUUAAGGAUGAACGAAGGGUUUUGCCUUCCGUUCCCCGAUCGUUCCGAAGGCCUCGCCAUUCAAUCGGAACGCCUCUGUUCUUGCGAUCCCCAUUAUUAUGAAUUUGAAUCGCUGAACUUCAACAUUCAUGGAGCCUAUUUCUACACUAAUGUGCGUUGCUACCGAUUGGACCUUCUCUCCGCUGUCGACAACUUUAAUCUCUGUGCUGAGUCGACUUUUUGAGUUUUUGUAUGCCGAGUUGACUUGCUGAACUGCCAUGUGCUGAGUUGGCCUACCGAAUUGAUCUGUCGAGCUGGCUGUCCGUGUUGGCCGGACGAGUUGAU